ACGGGUCAAGUAACCAAAUUGAAUACUCGUAGGAUUCGCCAUAAGAGCCGCCGCUCUGUAAUCUGUUACAUAUUUUAGCUAUUCAUUCUUCAUCUUCUUCCGGAACAGCAAAUAGAAAUGAGCAGUUCACACUUGAUCUGUCUCUGUACUCUCCUGAUUUCCAGCUCCCUGUUGGUUCAAGCUCAGCAGCCGUAUAUCCGGAAGGACACCAGUUGCGACGGCCGCUCAAGCAAUACCUCCGAUAACUCUACUUCCGCCUUUGGGUACAUCUGCAACGGCGUUAGCCGGAGCUGCCAGGCUUAUCUGACAAUCGUAUCUCAGCCGCCGUUCGACUCCGUCUCCUCCAUCUCCGGCCUGGUUGGAGCUGACCCGUCAGAGCUCGCCCAAAUCAACUCUGUUCCUCAAAAUUCAACCUUUCGGACAAACAGGGUCGUCCUCGUCCCCGUCACCUGUUCUUGCUCCGGUCGGUUCUACCAGGCCAAUGGAUCAUACACUUCCAGGCAUGGAGAUACCUUUAUAGGAAUCUCGAAUGACCCUGUACAAGGUUUGUCUUCCUGUCUUGCUCUCCUGUCUCAAAACAGUAAGAUAGUCCCAACUUUGUUAUUCUCUGGUACUAGGCUUUCGGUUCCUGUAAGGUGUGCUUGUCCGACGAAGAACCAGAGUGAUAAUGGCGUUAAGUAUUUGUUGAGUUAUGUGAUUUUAUCUGGUCAGUCUGUUUCUAUAAUCAGUCAAAAGUUUGGGGUUGAGACAGAGAAAACCCUAGAAGCGAAUGGGCUAUCUAUUGAUGAUUCAACCAUAUACCCAAACACGACUCUGCUUGUUCCUCUUCAGAACAAACCAUCAAGUAACCAGGUCGUGGAACAGCCGUCUCCUCCGCCUCCGCCACCCUCGCCGCCACUACUCGGUCCUUCACCAAGUAAAAAAAGCUCAAGCAAGACCUGGAUAUAUGUAAUAGCGGGUGUUCUAGGAGGAAUUUUGUGUUUAUUACUUGCAGGCGGGAUUGUUUUCAUGUUCUGCAUAAGAAAAAGGAAACGAAAAACUGAUCCAGAGCUGGUCUCUGCCGACUUCGCUGCAGAUGAGAAGCCAUUGACGAAGAAAUCGGAAGGGGGUUCGGAUUUGUCUUAUUCAAGUGUAUUUGAAUUAGUACAAUCUGUUAAGAUCUACACCUUCGAAGAGCUGAAAUUGGCUACCGAAAACUUUAGCCCUAACUGCUGGAUUCGUGGAUCGGUGUAUCGUGGCAAAAUCAAUGGAGACUUCGCGGCUAUCAAGAAGAUGAAUGGAGACGUGUCGAAGGAAAUUAAUCUGUUGAGCAAAAUCAACCAUUUUAAUCUCAUAAGCCUCUCCGGCAUCUGCUUCAACGAUGGAGACUGGUACCUCGUCUUUGAAUACGCUGAAAGCGGGGCAUUGAGUGAUUAUUUACGUGGAAAGUCUUUCCUGACGUGGACACAGAGGAUCCAAAUCGGACUUGAUGUGGCGACGGGGCUUAACUACCUACACAGCUACACUUCCCCUCCACAUGUUCACAAGGACUUAGAGAGUGGUAACAUUCUUCUUGACCGCAACAUGAGAGCUAAAAUAACGAAUUUUGGUCUGUCCAGGUCAGCAGACGGACAAGAAGGCGAGUUCGCAUUGACAAGGCACAUAGUCGGGACGAAAGGGUACAUGGCGCCAGAGUAUUUGGAGCAUGGUUUGGUUUCCCCGAAGCUAGACGUGUAUGCCUUCGGGAUUCUUAUGCUAGAGAUACUCACUGGGAAGGACAUUGCCACGUUGCUAGAAGGUCAUGACAAGAUGCAUCCCAUUUCGGAACUUCUACUCCCUAUGGUUCAAAAGGAAACUGGGAAGGAGCAUUUGAUCAGUUUCAUGGAUCCUAGUCUCGAACCAAGGGAGUAUCUGGCAGAUGUUGGUGUUUCAUUGGUGAGAUUGAUUGGUAGUUGCUUGCAGAAAGAUGCAUCGAGUCGGCCCAAUAUGGAUGAGAUUGUCCAGCACUUUUCUAAAGCAAUAAGCGCUACAAUCUCUUGGGAGUUGUCCUCAACCACUUAAUAAUCUUUACCUAUUUGGUGGUGGUAUAAGAAGACCUUAUUCUCUAUUUCACUGGUUAUGUAUAUUCAUUCCUCCCAGAUUCAUAGAUCCGUGCAUGCCCCUAGAUGUGAUAUGGUUCUUCUAUCAGUCUAAACAGGUGAUUCUCAAAGCGUUCUAUGCAUUGAAUAGUGCCUAUCAGCAUUGAGGAAGAAAUUUCUAUCCUCAAACAUGGACAGCAAGAUAUUACAAUUAUUCGUGUGUGGGAAUUGAAGAGCCUCCAGUUUUGGUGAAAUAUAGUUCACAUUCUGUGUAGUGUUCAACCUAUAAAGAUGCACACUAAGAACAAAGAGUGAGAAAAAGAGAAACCUCUAAGGUGAAGAUUUAGCUGUAGUGGUUUACUUUUUUUGUAGUUGAGUAAGUUUGAUUAUAGUGUAAUUUUAUUUUGUAAGCAAUAGAAGAUUCUUUCCUCCACAGUGAUUACAUUGUAAGGUAUCUAUUUUGUUAGAAUAUUACAACAAGCAAGUGAAUAAAAAACAGCGAGUUCAUAAGACUGGGUUGAACAUGUUAAUAGAUCGAUUCAAUC